AUGAGUUUCCUGCUCUGGCCAAGCCCCCGAAAGCCGCAGACCUGGACGAUGGGCUCGGGUUCCUGCCGACCUUCGGUCCCUGCUACAUCAACCUCUACGGCAGUCCCCGGGAGUUCACCGGCUUCCCCGACCCCUACGAGACGCUCAAUUUAGGAAAGGGCGAGGGAGUCUCGUAUCGCGGCAGGGGGCUGGGGGUGGUGGAGCUGGAGACCAAACUGGUGGAGCACGUGGAGCAGAAGGUGGAGGACAUUUCUGCAGAUGACAUCCUGCGGGUGGAGAAGUACCUGCGCCGGCGGAAGUACUCCCUCUUUGCUGCCUUCUACUCGGCCACCAUGCUCCAAGACGUGGACGAUGCCAUCCAGUUUGAGGUCAGCAUUGGCAACUACGGCAACAAAUUCGACAACACCUGCCUGCCCUUGGCCUCCACCACGCAGUACAGCCGGGCCGUCUUUGAUGGUUGUCAGUAUUACUACCUGCCCUGGGGCAACGUGAAGCCCGUGGUGGUGUUGUCAUCCUACUGGGAAGAUAUCAGCUACCGGACGGAUGCUCAGAACCUUCUCCACCACGCGGCAGACAGGCUGGAAGCAAACCUGGAGAAGAUCCACCUUGCUCUGAAGGCCAACUGCUUGCCCAGUGAGCUGGACACGCUGGGUGCCCAGCUGAUGGAUGACAUCGUUGCCGACUGCAGCCUGACCCUGCCCGAUGUCCUGGGGAAGGCGGCCAGCACCCACCUGGACCAGAACAUGUACCGGUUCCGCAGCACCAACCUGGAGCAGAUUGUGAAGGCAGCCCUGAAACUCAAGCACGAAGACUCGAGCUUGUCGGUGGCUCUGGAGCAGGCGGAGGACUGGCUCUGCAGGCUGAAGGCCAUGGCGGAGGAGCCACAGAACAGCCUGCCCGACGUAGUGAUCUGGAUGCUGCAGGGGGACAAGCGCGUGGCGUACGCCCGCGUGCCGGCCCACGAGGUCCUCUUCUCCCGGAACAUCUCCAACUGCUGCGGCAAGAACUGCGGGAAGCUGCAGACCAUCUUCCUCAAGUACCCCCAGGAGGAGGCGAUGGGUGCCAGGAUCCCGGCGCAGAUCCGGGUCCAGCUCUGGUUGGGGCUGGCGGUGGAUGAGAAGGAGUUUAACCAGUACGCCGAGGGGAAGCUCUCCGUCUUCGCCGAAACCUAUGAGAACCAGACCAAGCUGGCGCUGGUGGGGAACUGGGGCACGACUGGCCUGACCUACCCCAAGUACUCAGAUGUCACCGGCAAGAUCAAGCUGCCCAAGGACAGCUUCCGCCCCUCCACAGGCUGGACCUGGGCUGGGGACUGGUUCAUCUGCCCGGAGAAGACGUUGCUGCAUGACGUGGACGCCGGGCACCUGAGCUUCGUGGAGGAGGUGUUCGAGAACCAGGUCCGGCUGCCCGGGGGCCAGUGGAUACACAUGACCGAUGCCUACACUGACGUGAAUGGGGAGAAGGUCCUGCCGAAGGAUGAGAUUGAGUGUCCUCCGGGCUGGAAAUGGGAAGACAUCGAGUGGGACACUGACCUCAACAGAGCUGUGGAUGAGAAAGGCUGGGAGUACGGCAUCACCAUCCCACCGGACCGCAAGCCCAAGGCCUGGGUGCCGGCCGAGAAGAUGUACCACACCAACCGGCGCCGGCGCUGGGUGCGGCUCCGCCGGAGGGACCUGGCGCAGAUGGAGGCCAUGAGGAAGCACAAGCAGGAGGAGCUGGAGGGAGAGGGAUGGGAGUACGCCUCGCUCUUCGGCUGGCGCUUCCACCUCAAGCAUCGCCGCACCGACAACUUACGCCGCCGGCGCUUGAGGCGAGAGCGCACUGGCGCCGCCGCGGUCUUCGCCUUGGAGGGGGCCCUG